GCCGCCGCCGCCGCCGCCGCCGCUCUCGGCUCCCCGUCGACACCCCUUGACUACCAUGUUUGCUGCCGCUCGCCUCAGCCGCUCCCUCUUCGGCCAGUCGGUUGGCCUGCGCCACUUCACCACCACCUCGGUCCUCUCGUCGGCCGCCGCCGCCCGCAACAUCAUCGGCCUGCGCCGUGAGGACAAGAACAAGUGGGAGCGCCGUGUGCCGCUGACCCCGCGCGAUGUCAAGACCCUGGUCAAGGACCAUGGUCUCGAGAUCCAGGUCGAGUCCUCCACCAACCGUGUCUACCACGACCACGAGUAUGCCGCCGCCGGCGCCACCAUCGUCAAUGACAUGAACAAUGCCGACGUCAUCCUGGCCGUCAAGGAGAUCCCGGUCGAGAAGCUCCUGCCCAACAAGAGCUACAUGUUCUUCUCCCACACCCACAAGGGCCAGCGCCACAACAUGCCCAGCCUGAAGGCCGUCCUGGACAAGAAAAUCCGCCUCAUGGACUAUGAGCUCCUCACCGACGAGAACAACAAGCGUCUCGUCCGCUUCGGCACCUUCGCCGGCUACGGUGGCAUGAUUGAUUUCCUGCAUGGCUUCGGCAAGCGCCUGCUGGCUCUCGGCUAUGGCUCGCCCUUCCUGAACGUCAGCAUGACCUAUGGCUACCCGGACUACCGGACCGCCUGUGACCAGCUCACCAACGUCGUCGGGCCCCAGAUCACCCGUGGCGGCCUUCCCCGUCACUUCUCGCCCUUCCUCUUUGUCUUCACCGGUGACGGCUACGUGGCCCAGGGCGCCAUCGAUGUCUUCGAGAAGCUCCCCCACAAGUGGAUCGCCCCCGAUGAGGUGGCCACCUUCCAGAAUGCCCCGGACUUCGACCCCAACGUCCUGUACGGUGUCAAGAUCAAGGCCAAGGACUAUGCCGAGCACAAGGACCGCCCGGGCUUCUUCGAUCCGGUCGACUACAAGACCAACCCCCACAACUAUGUCAGCCACUUCCACACGAAGUUCGCCCCCCAUGCCACGGCCAUCAUCAACUGCAUCUACUGGGAUGACAAGUUCCCCCGGCUGCUGACCAACGAGCAGACCAACGCCCUGUAUGCCCAGGUCGACGAGAAGGGCGAGCCGACUGGCACCCGCCUGCUCGGUGUGUCGGACAUCAGCUGCGAUGUGGCCGGCUCCCUGGAGUUCAUGAACCACGUCUCCACCAUCGAUGACCCCUUCUACCUGGUGGAUCCGGCCACCGGCAACAUCGAGUUCUCCCUGGACGGCCCGCGCAACCGCGUCCUCAUCCAGUCCAUCGACAACCUGCCGACCGAGCUGCCGACCGAGGCCUCGGACCACUUCAGCGAGGCCCUCUAUGACUUCGUCCGCGAGCUGGGCACCAAGGACCUCUCCGACUCUGCCUCCCUGUCGGACCCCCUCCGCAAGGCCAUCAUCGCCGAGUCCGGCGACCUGGUCGGCCCGCACAAGCACCUGAUGCCGAUCAUCGAGAAGUACGGCGGCGGCGCGGCCGUCGGCUCUGGGACCGCCACCUCCGGCGCCACCUCCCAGCCCAAGCGCGUGCUCAUCCUCGGGUCCGGCAUGGUCUCCGGCCCGGCCAUCGAGUACCUGUCUCGCGACAAGUCGAUCGCCAUCACGGUGGCCGGUGUCGAUGGGGCCGAGGCCUCCCGCGCUGCGGCCCCCUUCCCCGGGGUCCGGCCGGUGGAGCUGAACGCCACCAACCCCGAUGCCCUGCGCCGUGCCGUGGCCGACAGCGACAUCGUGGUGUCUCUGCUGCCGGCUACCCAGCACCCGACCGUGGCCGGGGCCUGCCUCGACACCAACCGCCACCUGGUCACCGCGUCCUACGUGUCCCCGGCCAUGCGGGAGCUCCACUCGGCGGCCGAGUCCCGCGGGCUGGUCUUCCUCAAUGAGCUUGGCCUCGACCCGGGCAUCGACCACAUGACCGCCAUGCAGAUGAUCGACAAUGUCCGCGAUGCUGGCGGCGUUGUGCGUGGCUUCAGCUCCCUCUGCGGGGGUCUCCCGGCCCCGGAGGACAGUGGCAAUGCCCUGGGCUACAAGCUUUCCUGGAGCCCGCGCGGCUUCCUGACCGCCGGUCUUAACCCGGCCCGCUGGCUGGAGAACGGCGCCAUCCGCGAGAUCCCCUCGGGUCAGCUGUUCGCCAAUGUCCGGUCUUGCUCGCACAUCCUGCCGGGCUUUGCCCUGGAGUGCCUGCCCAACCGCGACUCGCUGGCCUACCGCGACGUGUACGGCCUCAACGGCCCGGAGGUGGAGACUGUCUUCCGUGGAACCCUGCGCUUCACCGGGUUCUCGGCUGUCAUGCGCGUUCUCAAUGACCUGGGUCUCUUCAACCCGGCCGAGGCCGACUUCCUGGCCCCCGGCGCCUCGCCCAUCUCCUGGGACGACCUCGUGGCCCGCCUGGGUGGCGAGGCUGAGAUCAACCGCCUGGCCGCCGGUGCCGAGGCUGGCGAGCUGACUCGUCGCGUGCUGGAGGCCAUGAAGGAGCUUGGUAUUUCCGGCCCUGGCACCGUUGCCCAGCGCGGCACCGUCCUUGAUGCCACCUGCGCCGCGUUCGAGAAGUCCCUGGCCUACGCGCCGGGCGAGCGCGACCUGGUUGUCAUGCACCACGAUCUGCUGUACAACGAUCGUGACAACCAGCCCAUGAAGGCCACCGCCACCAUGGUGGCUUAUGGCCAGCCCAACGGCCCGACCGCCAUGGCCACCACCGUUGGCCUGCCAGUGGCCAUUGCCGCUCGGCAGAUGGCCACCGGCACCUACGCCGGUGCCCCGGGUGUCGCCAUCCCGAUUGCCCGCGAGGUGUACAACCCCAUCCUGGAGGAGCUCGCCAAGGAGGGCAUCUCCAUGCGCGAGCGCGUGCGCUCUCUGUAAGAGAACGAGCAUGCCGGCGGUGGGGAAAGGGGGGAGGGAGGAAGUGAUCUAGUCGCAUGUCCCCCCCCCCUUCUUUCUCUCUUUUCUCCGGACCAUCCCUCUCUCUGGCGCAUAUGCCCCCCCCCCCCCCUGCCUUGCUCUUCUUUUCCCUCCGGCGGCCUGUAUCGCCCCUUUCCUGUGGUAUUACCCCCCUCCUUUUGUGCAUGCCACCCUGCGAGCGCACUUUGCCUUCCAACUCCCCCCCUGCUCGCCGGGUGCCUGCACCUCGCACCUUAUGCCCGUGGCUGGGCACUCAUGGCGAAAUGCUGUCUCCCCUGUCUGGAGAAGGAGGAGAGGGAAAGGAAGAGAAUACACACGAUACACAAUGCC